CUUCAGUUGUAUUUGAGGUCGCGAACAGUUACAUUGGGCUCUUUCAGAUCUGCAGUUUAUUUAUUACUUUAAAGUUUUCAAGUCAGAAAGAAGAAGUUAUUUUGGGACAGAAGAAAAGUUCGUGAAGAAAUUGUUGGAUUAAUCAAAUGUGCUCUUUCGUGCAAAUAAAACGAGCAAAAAUUAUAAAAUCUGCCAUCCGGUCACUGCUUGUCGAACUCGAACUCGAAAUCAAAUAAAGAGUGAAAAAUGAAAAAGGCGAACGACAGCCAAAGUGUAGAAUGAAUAAUGGUAAAAUAUUUGAAUUGCCGCCAAAGUGCCCUGGAAUGUUGUCGACAAAGUUAACUGGCUUGUUUGGAUGGCGUCAUACCUAUCGCGUUCAUCAUCGACAAAAGGGAAUCAAUCACUUCUCCAACCAGCACAACCUUCACAAGACGUACUCACUCAAUAUCACACCAAAGAAACAUCACGAAACUUCAUCAUCAAAUCCGUCACUUCCGGAGGCUUCUUCGACUUCGAAUCCAGAUUCGUGGGUUGUUGUUCAUCAUCUUCAGUCACAGUCAGGAAUUCUUGAUCCCGAUGAUCAUGUUAAUGAUGUAGCUGAUGAUCGUGAACAGAUUCUUGCAAGUUAUGAUGAUCAUCCAGGGCCAGAUCCAACAGUGCCGCAAGGUGGUGGUGAUGGUGCAAGUGGAAGUUCUGUAGGAACAGGAAGUCCCGACAUUUUCCGUGUUCAAGAUGGAAAGUACACAAAUCAUAGUGAAGAAGUGACGACACAUAUUGAUGUUGGUGAGACAGAUCAGCCGCCGAAUGGAUUGACACUUCAAGUUCGUCGUGGCAGUGAACCAUCACUUUUAGCACUUGAUCAGAACACGCAGCUUUAUCCAAGUCAGAAUUCUCAAGAGCCAUCAAAACGUUGGUCAGCGGCGCCAGUUUGUCGAGACGAUCCACCCGAGCGACUCUUAAAUGGCGUCACUUCAUCAAAUGGAACAUAUUUAAGUCCGAAAUGGGCUGUUCCAGAAGAGGAUCAUCAAAAUGAUUCAAUGCCAUCAUUUUCACGUUCCGGACGACUUUCGAUGCAAUUUCUCGGUGACGGUGCCAAUUAUCGUUGGAUUGAAGCGGCCGAGAAAGCGGCUGUAAAUCAUAAUAACACAAACAGUAAUAAUUCUUCUUACAAUUCAAAGUCAUUACCGCGUGAUGCAAAGCGAAAAGAGCCGCUGGGUCAAGCAAAUGCAUCGACAUAUGAAUCGAUAAGACAAAAGAGCGGUGAAAUGCUUUUAGUGACGAAUGAGACGAGUGGACCUUUAGGACUUUCAGCGCUUCCAGAAGAUGGUGGAAUUCUCGUUCAAUCAGUUGAAGCUGGAAGUCGUGCAGAGAAAGGAAGACUUAGACGUGGUGAUCGAAUUCUUGAAAUUAAUGGAAUUAAUUUAAGUGAACUUAAAAAGCCGGCAGUUCAAGAUCAAUUACAGAAAUGUAUUAGUUCAUCGGAAUUGAGAUUAAGAGUGAUUCGAGCUGAAACUGAUGCACAAAAAGAUCGCAGUAGAGCGAAAAUGUUUGAAGCUGAAGAGAAAUCAGCAGUUAAUAGUAAAGUCGCUCACGUGUCACCGACGAGAAAAGUUCCCGGCACAAUGUCGACAGCUUCAUUGCAAGCAGCUAACACACGAAAACUUGGACGAAGAAUUGAAAUUAGUUUGAAGAAAGGACCACAAGGACUUGGAUUUAGUGUGACGACACGUGACAACCCAGCUGGCGGCCAUUGCCCAAUUUAUAUUAAAAAUAUUCUUCCGAAAGGUGCAGCAGUUGAAGAUGGAAGACUCAAGCCUGGUGAUCGAUUACUUGAAGUCGACAACAUGACGAUGACUGGAAAGUCACAAUCAGAAGUUGUGAAUAUUCUUCGUGCAACACAACAAGGUGCAACUGUACGAAUUGUUGUGAGUCGUCAACAAGAAAUUGUCGAAGUUGAUGAACGUGAAAUUGGAAAUCUUGAAACACAACCGAAACAACCACCUCCACCAAUUCUUCCAACGAAGAAAUCGCCAUCAGCACCCAACAUUCUUGACGUAAUCGAGAAGAAAUCAGGUGAAGAGUCGUCACAUGACAGUGUUAAGAUGAGAAUAAAGAAAUUAAAUUCUUCAUUAGAUCAAAAUGGAAACAUUUUCCCUUGGCGCAAUCGUGAAAUUCUAACACUGAACAUUCCAGUUCAUGACACAGAGAAGGCUGGUCUUGGUGUAAGUGUAAAAGGUAAAACCGGACAAACAACUCCAAACUCAUCGUUGAACGGAAACAACGCUAACAACACAAAACACGACGGCGAUUUAGGCAUUUUUAUUAAAAGUGUUUUACACGGUGGUGCAGCAAGCCGUGACGGUCGCUUGAAGAUGAACGAUCAACUUCUUAGUGUGAAUGGAAUUUCUUUAUUAGGACAGUCAAACGCUGAUGCUAUGGACACGCUUCGACGAGCAAUGCUUCAAACUGGAGGAAAGAAUCCAGGAAUGAUUGUGUUGAAAAUUGCGAGACGUGCAUCGUCACGACCAAGUAGUACGAUUAUUGAACAAAAUUGUAGUGACGCUGCUGAUGGAACGACAAGUAGUGAACAAUCAGGUUCAACUGUCAUUUGUUUAUCGCCAUCAAUAAGUGAUAAAAACGGAAAUGUUAUUCAUAAAAGCCCAACGACGCCAUCACAAGAGAAUGGAAAUGGCAAACGAUGGAGUAAUCCGGUGUUAGAUCGAUUGACAGGUGGAAGCGGCAUAGCAACGCGACCAUCAACAUUAAUGUCAACACUUCCAAGUGGUUUACGUAACGACAGUUAUUAUAUGGCAACGAACGACAAUUGGAGUCCAAUGGCGAAUCUUAAUGGCAGCAAUGCAGUGUUGAUUGAAGAAGAUCCCGAACCAACAUCGCCAAUUUCACUUCGACCGGAUUUACAACAUCAAAUGUCAACAUCAACACCGACAAGUGAUGCAAAUAUCACUUAUGCAAGUCAACUGUCGUUGGAAAAUCCAGCAGCUGAUGCUUUUAGUCGUGAUGCUAUUGGACGAAGAUCGAUGAGUGAGAAACAUCAUGCUGCGAUGGAUGCACGUGAGACUGGAACAUAUCAAAGGAAUAAAAAGAUGAGAGAAGAACGAGAAAGAAGUCAACAUCUUCAUAGUUCUGUUGAAUCAUUAACAAAUGUUAAUAAUAAUCGAAUAGGAAGUAUGAAGACAAGUCGACACAAGUCACAUUUACGAUCAGAAGCGAUGGAUCGGCUUGGUGAAUUGGGACCGUCAUUGGGUAUGAAAAAGUCAUCGAGUCUUGAAUCAUUACAAACAAUGGUUCAAGAGAUUCAAAUGUCAGAUGAGCCACGUGGACCGAAUGCUUUACGUGCACCAAGAGGUCGAGGUCGGGAAGAAGUUCUUAGAGCUGCAGUUGAAAGACCAGAAGCACGAAAACAUUGGCUUCUUGAAGAUGGAGUAAGCGAUAAUGAUGGCGGAUUUUCAAACCGUGGAACUCUUCAGUCAUCAUCAUCAAACAAUAGAAGUAAAAGUAAGGAACGAGCUCAAAAGAAGCCAGGAUUGUUGAAAGGGAUUGGUCACAUGUUUCGAUUUGGGAAACAUCGUAAAGACGUCUAUCCAACACCACAAACAGAAGUCAUCACAGAUUAUAAUAGUUGGUCAAAUGAUGCAUCAGCAAAUAGCACAACACUCCCCCAUCAAUCGACUUCUCCAUCUUCAAAUCAUUCAAAACUUUCACAUGGACAACGCGAAUCAAGUCAUGAACGACAGCUUUCAGCUUCUAACGGUCCACCAUCGUAUCAUCCACCUCCAAAAAGUGCGACACUUUCUAACGGACACGCUGGUAGUAAAAUAACACAAAAUGAUGCUUUCAACCACCGAUAUUCGCACUAUGUAAACUACGAUGAGCUUCAAAUGCAAAUUAGAAAUAAGUUGAUUGUAACUAAACACCAAAGCCAAGAAAUGCAACCUCAACAACAUCAGAUAAACAAUUCAAUUCUGACUGUUGUUGCUGCUGAUAAGAUUAUUCAACAACAGCAGCAGCAGCAAUUCCAUCAGUCAGGUGACGGAAGUGAUGAUGGUGGUAUGAAGAAUGAUUGUUUGUCUGAUUCGACGAUUGAGAAAAUGCGACUGCAAGUUCGAAUGCAGAGGGAAAAGGUGGAAGAUGAGAGUCGAAGAAAUCACCAUUAUCAUUCACAACGUUCGGCUCGAUCAAAUAUCGACAUAGGGCAUUAUCAUCAAUAUAAUGGAAUAUCACCAAUCAUCGUGAAUGGCCAUAAAUAUCAUCAUCCACAGCAUGCUCAGUUGCAAUCGCAACACCAAAUGCAACAGCAUUUAAUGAGACCAGUCUCUAGUUUCUAUGAAUACGAGACAAUAAAUCCCAAUGGAAACUACCGUAAGAUUGGCGAUCACUUUAACCCGCUUCAGAAUGGCAACAGUAGCAGUAGUAAGAUCGGCAAUGGAGUCAGUUCUGUUAGAAUAACAGGGAGUAAUGCACGAGCUCAAAUUCCUAAUAUGAAAUCGCAGCAACAUCAUCGCGGUCCAUUCAUCACGCAGGUACAUAUUCGUGAUCAAAAUGGCAAGCACCCGUCAGCAUCUAAAGUUUGACUAUAAUAUGCUCAUUAUGCUGCUUAGAGAGACUGGACAUCAAAAUCAUUAAAAUAUCAUCAAAUCUAAUUAUUUCCAUUUAUUUUUUACAUAAAACUUUUCAUCGAAAUUGCGUAAAUUUUCCUUUUUUUCCUUUUAUUUGUGAAUAAUUAUCAUCAUAAAACUUAAAAUAUGUUAUAAAGCUUAAGGAGUAUAUUUAAGAAAAAGAAAAUUAAAAAAGAAAAAGUUUAAGGAAGACGUUUUGAUUAAACAAUAAUCUGUGAUCUGAUAAGAAGAAGAAAGAAAACAAUAACAAAAAAAAGAAGAAAUUCAAUUAACUUAGAUGAUUCGAAUUGUCCCUGACGAAUUAAAGUGAAAUUAAAAAGAAUUAAUUAUAUUUUUACAAGGAAGAAAGUUUCGUGUCGUGUCGAUUAAUGUUUCAUUUACUUACAAUUUUUUUUAUAUUCUUUUGUGUCCUUAAAAUAACUCGAACGACACGCGUUACCAAUCUCAAGCCUUUUAUGAUCGAUGAUAAACUGCUCAAGGGUUUGUAAUUAUCUUCAUUCCGCCUUAAUCCAAUAAUAAAUCAAUUGUAAACGUAAAUUGAAA